UUUGAAUAAAAAUGGCGGAGUACGGUCACCAGGGAGGACGCCGCGUCGACGCGUACGGCAAUCUGAUUCCGGACGUGUAUAACGCGACCGGUGCCGGCACCGGUGCCCACGGGACGACCGGCGCUGGACCUUAUGGGACGUUGCACCCGCAGGGGGGAGUAGCGGCCACAGGCGGUGGCGGCCACGGGCAGCUGAACCCCUCUCCUCCGGUCGACGCCUACGGAAAUCCGAUUCCGGAGUCGUAUAAUGCGACCGGCCCCGGCACCGGUGCUUAUGGGACGACCGGCGUCGGACCUUACGGGACGGCGCACCCGCAGGGGGGAGCGGCGGCUGCGGGCGGUGGCCAUGGGCAGCUGAAGCCCUCUCCUCCGGCUGAUGCCUACGGCAAUCCGACUCCGGAGUCGUAUAACGCGACCGGCGCCGCCACCGGUGCCCACGGGACGACCGGCGUCGGACCUUACCGGACGGCGCACCAGCAGGGGGGAGUGCCUGCCCCGUGGCCGAAGCCCUGUCCUCCGGUCGAUGCCUACGGCAAUCCGAUUCGGGAGUCGUAUAAUGCAACCGGCACCGCCACUGGUGCUCACGGGAAGACCGGCGUCGGACCUUAUGGAACGGCGCACCCGCAAGGGGGAGUGCCUGCCGCGGGCGGCGGCCACGGGCAGCUGAUGCCGGAGAGGGAGCGCGGCCACCGCCGCUCCGGUAGCAGCUCCAGCUCGAGCUCGAGCUCGUCGGAGGACGACGGUAUGGGAGGGCGGAGGAAGAAGGGCAUAAAGCAGAAGAUCAAGGAGAAGAUGCCCGGCGGCCGCAAGACCGACGACGAGCACCGCUACGUCAGCCAGACUGCACCGGGGACAACCGCGACUGCACCGGCGACGACUGCGACUGCGCUGAUGACGACUGCGACUGCACCGCCGACUGCGGCGGAAGGCGGCCAGGGGAGGAAGGGCAUGAUGGAGAAGAUCAAGGAGAAGCUGCCUGGAGGAGUUCUUGUUAAUCGUUGCGCUUGUACGAAAAUAUAUUUGAAAAAAAUGGCGGAGUACGGUCACCACGGAGGACGCCGUGUCGAUGAGUACGGCAAUCCGAUUCCGGAGUCGUAUAAUGCGACCGGCACCGGCACCGGUGCCCAUGGGACACAUGGGACACAUGGAAUGACCGGCGUCGGACCUUAUGGGACGGCGCAGCCGCAGGGAGGAGUGGCGGCCGUGGGCGGCAGUCACGGGCAGCUGAAGCCGGGGAGGGAGCGCGGCCACCGUCGCUCCGGCAGCAGCUCCAGCUCAAGCUCGUCGGAGGACGACGGGAUGGGAGGGCGGAGGAAGAAGGGCGUGAAGGAGAAGAUCAAGGAGAAGCUGCCCGGCGGCCACAAGACCGACGACCAGCACCGCUACGCCGGCCAGACUGCACCGGCGACGACGACUGCGACUGCGCCGCCGCCAUCGGCUGCGACGACAGCAGAAGGCGGCUACGAGAAGAAGGGCAUGAUGGAGAAGAUCAAGGAGAAGCUUCCCGGAGGAGGCCACUAAGAUAUAUAAUGCAAAAUGAUGCAUGUUUUAAAUUAAUAAUUAAGUGUCCUAGUUUGUGUGUAUGCGCGCGUGUGAGUGUUUACUUUGUCUGAGAAUAAAAGAGAGUGUGUGUAUGGGUGGGUAUAAGUCUAUAUAUAUAUAUACUCGUGUAUGUUGCUUUGUGUUUACUCUGUAAUAGUUGUGGUUGUGUAUAUGUAUCAUGUAAUAUUAGAACCUCCUUGCUUUUUAGGGUGGUGAUAAUAUUUGCAGAGCUUUA